GACUUGAAUGAGAUUCAGGUUUGGCUCCAAUUAAUUAGCAAAAAAUAGAGAGAUUAAAUAAAAGACAGCACCACCGUCUUAAUUAAUUGAGCUCUUUGAUACUGUGCACUGCCUUCUCUCACACUCACAGCCCACAAGAUUUCAUUCACACCAUGCUCAUACCCAAAUAUUGAACCUCGUUUUAUUUCAUUCACUCGUUUCAUUUUGGUUUCAUUUGUGUUUCAUAAUACUAAUUCUCAACUCUUCAUCAGGUUAUCAUGUCUCUGUUAAGCCUGUUCUUCCUGCUUUUCUUUAUCAAUAUAUCAAACAGCCUCCAAUUCUGCCAAGAAUCCUGCAGCCGAACCGGCCUAGUAAUCCGAUUCCCUUUCGGACUCACCGGAACUAGCUGCAGCUACGAAUCCUAUUUCAACCUCUCGUGCACUGGCGGAGGCCAAACUAUCCUCAACCUCCCUCUCUCCGGCAACUUCUUAGUUCAAUACAUCGAUUACAGAUACCAAAAAAUUCACAUCAGAGACCCCGGAAACUGCUUUCCUGAGCGGUACUUCUUCAACAAUUUCAGUCUUUCAGGAUCACCCUUCGCUAGAGAACUACACGGAACCUUUACUUAUCUGAAUUGUUCAUCGGACGUUUCAUUUCCGUCUUCGUAUAGGCGGAUUAAUUGCCUUAGCAGCGACAGUUUUACUGUUGUGGCGAUACCCCAUACCUAUGAUCAGGCGAACCAGACAGUGGUGUCGGCAAGUCCGUGUAAAGUUAUGUCUGACAGCGUUUUUGCUCCGGUAUCGUGGCAUCAACGGGAUGAAGGCGUUGCAGCGUUGACGUGGACGGAACCGGAUUGUAGAAACUGUGAGCAGCGCGGUGGCAUUUGUGGAUACAAAGAUGAUGUUGGUUCUGAAGUUGGGUGCUAUUAUUAUGAUCAACCCAAUGAUAAACAUGCUCUGCCAAGAAGUGCAAAAUAUGGCAUGAUAAUUGGUAUUGGAAUACCAGGACUACUCUGUAUAAUUGGUCUCGGUUGUUACUUAUGCGGACGAGUGAGAUCAUAUAGACACAGCCACAGCUCUAGGCGCAGCGAACUAAUCACCACUAUUCCGCACCAACCAUCCGUCGUGACGGCUGGUCUCGACGGACCAACACUCGAAUUGUACCCGAAAACCUUACUUGGCGCAAGCCGAAGAUUGCCGAAGCCAAACGACAACACUUGCUCUAUAUGUUUAUCCGAGUAUCAACCUAAAGAGACACUUAGAACUAUACCAGAGUGCAACCAUUAUUUCCAUUCUGAAUGCGUUGAUGCAUGGCUUAAAAUGAAUGCCACGUGUCCUGUAUGUCGGAAUUCGCCUGAUGCUUCGUUGUCGGCUUCUUCUAUCGCUACUACGCCUUCGUCUUCAUUGUCUGCUUCUUCUUCUUCAUUGUAUUCAGGACCUUGACAAUGUGGUGUCUAUGUGCGUGGUUUUCUGGUAAUUUUGUUUAUGUAAAUAUGGUUUUAUAGAGAUUGUAUUUUGUAUCAGUGGGGUUUUGUGUUUUGAGUUUGUUGUAUUUAAGUACAGAGGAAACAGAGGAGUGUUAAGAAGGUUAGUUUUGUAUGUCAAAAUCUUAUUAUGUUGAUGGUUGAGAUUGUUCAGAGUUAGAAAUUCGGACUGUUCAUUGCAUAAAUUGAGAUUAUUGUUUACUUUA